GUGGAAGCAUGUCAGUGAUAUACUUUGGUCCUAAACCAUGUAGUGAUUUAUAGGUGAGCAGCAGGAUUUUAAAAUCAAUUCUCUGACAUACAGGGAGCCAAUGUAAGGAUUUAAGAAUUGGUGUAAUGUGUUCACAGUUUUUGGUCUUUGUUAGAACUCUAGCAACAGCUUUCUGAACAAGCUGUAGCUGCCUGACAGUUUUUUUUAGGAAGACCUGCAAGGAGACCGUUACAAUAAUCUAGCCUGCUAUUAAUAAAGGCAUGUACAAGUUUUUCUAAGUCUUGAGCUGACAUGAGUCCUCUUCAUCUUGCUACGUUUUUGAGGUGAUAGUAGGCCGAUUUUGUUACUGAUUUGAUGUGACUGUCGAAAUUUAAAUCUGAAUCCAUAAUGACCCCAAGAUUUCUGGCUUUGUUUGACGUUUUCAGGGUCAGAGAGUGUAGGUGUUGGGUUACUCUAAGCCUUUCUUUUUUAGCACCAAAAACAAUUAUCUCCGUUUUGUCCUUAUUUAGUUGGAGAACAUUUUGGCACAUCCAGUCUUUGACUUGCUCAAUGCACUGGCACAGCAGAUAUAUGGGGCAUCAAUGUUGUGAUCAGGGGGCCCAUCUGUUGAGGCCAUGGGGCCCCAUCUGUUGCGGUUGUGGAGCCCCAUCUGUUGAGGUCGUGGAGCCCCAUCUGUUGAGGUCAUGGAGCCCCAUCUGUUGAGGUCAUGGAGCCCCAUCUGUUGAGGUCGUGGAGUCCCAUCUGUUGAGGUCGUGGAGCCCCAUCUGUUGAGGUCGUGGAGCCCCAUCUGUUGAGGUCAUGGAGCCCCAUCUGUUGAGGUCGUGGAGCCCCAUCUGUUGAGGUCGUGGAGCCCCAUCUGUUGAGGUCGUGGAGCCCCAUCUGUUGAGCUUGUGGAGCCCCAUCUGUUGAGCUUGUGAGGGAGGCCCCAUCUGUUUAGGUCAUGAGGCCCAUCUGUUGAGGUCGUGGAGCCCCAUCUGUUGAGCAUGUGAGGGAGGGCCCAUCUGUUGAGGUCAGGGGCCCAUCUGUUGAGGUAAUGUGGCCCAUUUGUUGAGGUCAUGGGGCCCCAUUGAUGAGGUUACAGGGCAACCCCUGCCCGCAGUUGGGUCGACGACAUCACCGAAGCAAGAUGUGCGGCCACUCGUCCCUGCUGUUGACACUGGGCCUGUUGACCCUACUCAGCGGUUUGCCCCGUUUACUGAGGCAGCACAACAGGGGCAAGGCCGAUUGCUCAGGUUCGGCCCCCUGCUCCUUGGCUUUCCUGUCGGACAACCCGCUCAGCCUGCGCUGCCCGGCGGCGUCUGAAACAGUGGAAGGCACAGUUUACUGGCAGUAUCUCGACCUCAGGCAACCUCAUGCCGAGCCCCGCACCUUCGCCGGUCCCCAAGGCCUGAGAGUGAACCGUGGCCCACUGCGUAAGCUGGGCAGCCGCUCCACCCUGCGGGGCGGCUCCUUGAUAUUAUCCCAGGCUCAGACAUCUGAAUCGGGGCUGUACAUCUGCAGGUCGGGCUCGUCCACCCUGGCCGCUUACCAGGUGGAUGUGCAGGACUCGUCGCUGCUUCACGUAUCCCACCGGGGCUUGGGCCAGUCCACGCUGGGGAACCAGAGCCUCAGGCUAUCCCCGGGCUCCGUGCCGGGCUCAGGGUGCAUCAUCUGGCUCCACACGCGCUGGGGACCCUGGCAGGACUGCGACCGGUGCGGGGCAGUGGGAGAACGGAAAAGGGUGGGCUUCUGCUACGCCACGUUGGGGGGAGAUGCUGAAAAGGAGGAGGGAGAGGAGGAAGGUGAUACCUUGCCCUGCGGCUUGAUGGAAUACCACUUGGGACAGGCCUUGCCCCAGCGCAGCGCUGAACUGCAGUUUGAGACCUGCCGGCGGGCGUGCGGGCGGGAGGCGGAGAACACGGGCACCGUGGAGGUGGCUGGUGCCAGGAAUUGGUGGCAGUGGAGUCGAGAGACGGCUUUGGACUGGCUGGAGCCCCGCUCGCUGUUGAUGGAGUCGGUACACCUCCAUGUACAUGAGGAUGCCCGUUUGACCUGCCCCGGCGCUUCGGUGUACACGCCCGCCUCCUGGCAGCGCGGCUCCACCCCAAUCACCCGGCUGGAGCUGUUGCGGGCCCAAAGCAGCAAAGGGAACCAUUGGCUAGACAAUGAGACGGGCGGUGGGGUCUACCACAUCAACAGGGUGCAGCCAUCCGACCGGGGUGUCUACCGCUGCUGGGUGCGAGGGCGGGAGGUCGCCACCUUUCACCUUGAGCUGCACAAGCCGCUGCCCAAUCUCCGGCGCAUCACCCGGCUGCUGGUCUGCGGCCCCAAAGUCUUGGUCACCUCCUGCGCCCUGGUGUUUGUCAUCCUCUCACUGGCCGAGAUGCUGCGCAGCAUUUGGUGCGAGUAACCGUUAAUCCACCUCUCGCCCUCACUGUCCCUAACCGCCUACCCCCGCAGAAAGCAGAAGGAGUGGUUGUUUGUUGAACAACUCUUACGUUGGGUGCAUUGAGACCCUGCCUGCGCCUGUGCAGAUGUAUGACACCGGGAGAAGGAGGAUGCUGAAUUGAGUUGCACUGAAGGGACUGCAAAGCAACACGAGGGACCAGGCUGCACUGGCACCACUUGCAUUUGGCAGAAACAGGACACGCGGUGCAGCUGGGCUUUAUCGGAAGGUGCAGAUAUGUAGCUGGACUGCGACGGCCCAAUUGGGCAGCACUGGGACAGGCCCAGCUACAUUGCAAGGUGUCCACAUUGCCUUUACGCAGGUGGGCUACCUUGGAAAUAUAUACAUGUCGUGCAUUGGAGAGAUAGGACAAACGACGUUGGUGCUGCAUCAGAGUGCCCGUUGCAUUGGCGUUCAUCACAUUUGGUACACCGCCAUUAUCACCAAUGGACUGAUUAUCGCUACAGAGCUGCUCUGGGGACACUUGGCAAUGAACUGCACUGGUGCGCUUUCUGCCACGAAGGCUCAAAGACCUAAACCCGCUCAGCC